GGAACUUCCUGCAGAGGCGCUUAUUUAUUUGAUCACAUGACCAUUCGCGAAUUAGGUUUAAAUAACAGAACAUUCUUAAUGGAACAGAAAAUGACGUAGUCCGAAUCACACUUAAAAGCAAGAAUCACAGCCUAGUUAAAUGUGGGCCAGAAGAGACAUCUUAAGCGAGAAAGGAAAUGCAAGAGAUUUUCGGGAAGAACGGAACAGAAACGGCCGAGCCCGUAAAAGCGACUAUUUCAGGCUGCCUGCCUGACUGGUUGCAGGGCUCACUGUUGCGUAUUGGACCAGGAAUGUUCAAUGUGGGAGACACCAGUUACAAACACUGGUUUGAUGGGAUGGCUUUGAUCCACAGCUUUACCUUCAAACAUGGUGAAGUUUACUACCAGAGUAAAUUCCUUAACAGUGAGACCUACAAGAAGAAUAUGACAGCCAACAGGAUUGUAGUUUCUGAAUUUGGAACUAUGACGUAUCCAGAUCCUUGUAAGAACAUUUUUUCAAGAUUAUUCAGCCAUCUAUCCAAUAUAAUCCCUGACUUCACAGAUAAUAAUUUAAUAAACAUAAUAAAAUAUGGGGAGGACUAUUACACCUCAUCAGAAGUGAACUACAUUAAUAAAAUUGAUCCAGAAACCCUCAACACAACAGGGCGGGACAACUACAGGAAUCAUAUUACUCUGAACCUGGCAACAGCACAUCCUCACUAUGAUGACGAGGGAAACACCUUCAAUAUGGGGACAUCCAUCAUUAAACUUAGCCAACCUAAUUAUGUCAUAUUCAAGGUGCCAGCCAAGGCUUCAGGUGAAUCAAGCAAGAAAUCAGUUCUUAAGGAUAUUCAACAAGUGUGCUCAGUGCCUUGCCGCUCCAGAUAUUACCCAAGCUACUUCCACAGCUUUGGGUUGACUGAGAACUACAUCAUCUUUAUCGAGCAGCCUUUUAAACUGGACAUCGUUAAACUGGCUACAGCCUAUUUCAGAGGGUUCACCUGGGGAAGUUGCCUCAAGUAUGACAAAGAUGACAUUACAUUGAUCCAUCUGGUCGACAGGAAGACCGGCAAGGCCAUUUCCACAAAGUUCUACGCAGAUGCACUGGUGACGUUUCACCAUAUCAAUGCCUUUGAAGAUGAAGACCACGUUGUCUUCGAUAUAAUCGCCUACAAAGAUAGCAAACUAUAUGACAUGUUCUACUUGAGCAACUUAAUGAAAGAGACUGACCAAUUCAUUGAGACUAAUAGGAUGUCCUCUCCACCAGUAUGUCAGAGAUUCAUCUUGCCCCUCAAACCCAACAAGGGUGUAAUAGCUGGAACCAACCUUGUGAAACUUGCUGGCGCCAAGGCCACAGCUGUACAGCAAGAGGACGGCUCAGUGCACUGCAAACCCGAAGCUUUAUUUGAAGGGUUGGAACUGCCAAGGAUUAACUACAAAAUGAAUGGCAGAAUGUAUCGGUACUUUUAUGGUUCAAGGGUCGAGUGGUCACCACAUCCAAAUAAGAUUGGCAAGAUAGACAUUGUCACCAGACAAUGUGCUGAGUGGACUGAGGAUGAAUGUUUUCCAUCAGAACCCAUCUUUGUACCCUCGCCGGACGCUGUGGAUGAAGACGAUGGGGUCAUUCUGUCCUCCGUCAUCUCCCAGAAUCCAAAAAAGUCUCCCUUUCUGCUGGUCCUGGAUGCAAAAACCAUGAAAGAGUUUGCCCGAGCAGCGAUCGAACACAGCGUGCACAUGGAUAUACACGGCAUCUUCAUCCCACAGCCGGACUCCUGCUGACAGGCUUUGAUGCUUCACCUUAAGUGUAGUAUUGGUCGGUGUUUGGUUAAAUACUACUGCCAUCUGCUUAUGAUGUAAUGAAAUUUUGGAAUGUAUCAAUGACACAUUUAAUGAUGGUAUUUACUUAUCAGCAGGACUGUAUCGUGGUUUCAAUUUAUCAAUAGUAAUAAUAGAUACUUUAUUGAUCCCUGUGGGGAAAUUCUCUUUUAUGCCUCUCUCAACUUGCCCUCUUAAAGGGACAGCAGGUUGCAGCCACCUGUCAUGGCACCCAGGGAGUUGGGGGUUAAGGGCUGUGCUCAAGGACCCACAGACGUGCUGAGGCUGGGCUUGGAGCAGCGACCUCCUGAUCAGAGGCACAGAGGCUUAGCCCACAAUUUGUUCUGCUUUUUGCUAGAAUGUGAUAUUCUAGAACUAUUUCAAACUCAUGUUUAUUCAAAUGGACCUUUUAAAUAUGGCAGGUUAAGCCUUGGGUCUUGGUCCCGCAAAUGUAAUUCUUAUGUGAAUAUUUGCAGUGCUUAUUUGGAAUUUAGCCUCGUUUGGCCUGCGGGUGACUGUUCCGGCUGGUAAACUAAUGAUUUUAUUUAAAAAAAAAAAAUCAGACCAAGAACAGGUAGAUGUGAAUUAGCAUAUCUUACAUAAAUGCAGUUUUGUUCCCUUUAAGUAAAUUCCCUCACCAUUACUGUAUAUCACCCAGUCUGACAUUUUUAUUGUCUCCAGUUUCAAACAAAGCCUUUAUUUCGGAGUGAAUUAUUGAAGCAAAUUCUGAGUUGGAAAUUGCAUCGUGUCAUAAAAAACAGCACUCCAAAGUUCAGCAGAUAGAAACAUUCUAUCAUACUCUAUUCAGCUUAGCAACUUUAUCUGUAAUAAAGACUGGUUAAUCAUAGUGUUUUUGUUAUCUAGUGUAAUUUAAAAAAUUAGAUUAGGACAAUAAAGCCAAUCAACACGACUGAUAAUGGAAUUUACAGCUUAAAUUUUACCUGUGAAAUACAGCAAAGAAAAUCUGAUCUGAUAUCCUAUCAAUAAUCUAAUUAUAUAUAUGGUACUUUCAUGGACUUCAGAUGAUAUGCAUUGCUGCUUAUGGUAGGGUAGAUAUCCUCCAAGGGUCUGUUUUCCACAGGUGUAUAUCUGUUCUUGCAGAACAUUGCUGAAUCGAUGUAAAUGGGUUGUUAAAUGUUAUCUGUGGAAAAAACAGCUGCGAUUUUCCCAGACCGGUCUCAAUUUGACAAGGUGCAUAACACCAAUGGCGUAGAUUUGGAUAUGGACAGAAGAGACAUGUCCCAACCAGCAUUACGUGACUGCUGUGUGUGUUUAGGGGGGCGGGGGGGGGGUCAUGGCUGAUUUGGUCCCUGCCACUGAUGAAACCAAAGCUACAGCCUUGUAUAAUAGCAUAGGAUAGCAUCUUUUGUGAAGAAACCCUGACUCCUCUGUCUGAUCACUCAAAAUUUCAUUAUUCAUUUCAUUAUUAUUACAGCAAAAUUGUAUUAUUUUAGCAUGUAGUUGAAAUAUCUCCUCGUAACCCUGACCAGGAGUUAUGGGGAAUCGGAGCAAUCGGAUUCGUGGAUGUACUUCUUAUCAUAUUUCACUGAUACUGGAAUCUAAAUCAUAUUACAGUAAAAAUAUAUAUGAACUAACAA